AUGGUAGUGAAGCGGAGCCAAGCGCAUUUGAGCAAGCAUUCAAAGGUGGAAGUUUGCAGCAACGAAGAGGGUUACAGAGGUGCAUGGUUCCCAGCCAUAAUCCUUGACCCUCAACCCCCCGAUCUCUCACCGAAGAAGAAAAGGAAGAAACUUGGCAACUCAAGCAACGCUCUGGUGCAGUACGAGAAUCUGGUCUCUGAAGAUGACCCAAACAAGCCACUCACUGAGCUCGUUGACGUGCGCUCCAUCCGGCCAGUGCCCCCUCCUGACAAUCUUGACCAGCCCUUGGAGCUAGCCGACGUCGUAGACGCUUCUUACCUUGAUGCUUGGUGGGUGGGGGUUGUGAUGAGGUUUGAGGAUGACAAGUAUACAGUGGGUUUCAAAUGCCCACCUGAUCUGCUUGAGUUAAGGCGCUCUGAGCUGCGGCCUCAUUGGGAUUUGCAGGACGGCAUAUGGGUUCGUGCCCGGAAGAAGAGGAUGGCGGGAUCAUUUUUCAGCCCUGGGACAGCAGUGGAAGUGAAUCUCAACAGAGAACAUCUAUUCUGUGCUUGGUUCCCAGCAAUUUAUCUUGGUGAACUAGGGGUCAACUCUUUCUUGCUUCAAUAUAAGAGCUCUAACAACUGCGAUGUUAAAGUGGUUGUAGGUGGGAAACAGAUUCGGCCUCAGCCUCCAAAGUUGGCGGAAAGAGAUUUUAAGUUGGAGGAAAAGGUGGAUGCAUUUUUUGAUAUGGGUUGGCGUGUCGGAGUGAUUAAAAAAGUUCUUACAGGAAAAAAGUAUAUGGUCAGUUUGAAAUUCACAGAGGAGGUGAAGCAAUACAGUCAGUCAGAUUUGAGGCCUCACAUGUACUGGACGGAUGGAAGAUGGGUUACUAUGAUCAAUGGAAAACAGGUUACUAUGAUCAAUGGAAACUGGAUUCCUUACUCUAAGGAAGGUCACUUUAGUAGGGACUAUGAAGUACGAUCAAAGCUAGCAUGUGAGAGUUUCAGUAGUUCUGAGUUAGCUACAGCACUUGAAAGUUCAGGUGCUACCAAGGAUAAUAAUGAAGAAAAAACACCUUGUUCGAGGAUUUCGUGGAAGAAUCAGUCGGAGGACUUGAGUCCUUGCAUUGAUAUAUCACCUUAUGGAAAGACCAAAAAGAAACUAAAAAUUAAUCACAAACCUAAUGAUGAUGCAACCAUUUUAGGUCUGUCCAAGAAGUUAAUAUGUGGACAUUCAGAAGAUUCCGUAUCUUUUGCACAAUUAUUUCAAAGCAGAACACCAGUCAAAACAUCAAGCAAAGAAGCCCCAGUUAGAGAUGGUGCGAAGACUAAGCAACAGCAGGUUGGAGGACUGAACAAUCAAACAAUAGUUUUUUAUAAACGAAAAGUCAAGGAGGGCAGUGAAAUAAAAAAGGCAAAUGAAGAUGUUGAAGAUGAGUAUGGACGAGACAACAUUGAAUCUUCAGGUAUACAGUCUGAUUUUGAACUAACAGGGGGAUCUCUUGCUGACACAUCAUGUCUGCUGCCCAUGGAGGAGGUUGAGCAGAAUGAAGAUGGAGUGAGCAGUGAAAUAGAAGGGAAGGGAAAACUGCCUGAAUAUCUUAUUGAACACCCAAAAGAUCCAGCAACAGGUGAGAAGCACAAUGGAACUGGAGUUGGUCAAGUUGAAUUGACUAAGACACAAUUUGUCAAUGGUUCUGAAGAAGCCAUGAGAGAGACAAAAAUUGUGGAUUCUGCAAUGGAUUACUUGACAACGGCAUCUGCCCAUGAUCAACCUUUAUCUCUGUGCUGCAUAGAGGAAAUGCAUUCUGUAAAAGCCAUAGAGUGCUCAAGUAACACUACUAGGACUGUCAACCAACAAAAUGAGGUUAGAGGAACACAAGUUGAGCAACAAGACAGUCCACAUUCGCCUUUUGUGAGAAGUUCUCCAUUUUGGGAAAGUAUUGAAUCCAUGGAAGUAUUCAAAAGAUUUCCGCAAAAGCCACAUUUUCAUCCUCUGGUGAAGUAUAAAGCAGUUUGCCGUGAAGGAUCAGCCCUUGGAAAUAUGAUAACCUUUGCCGCUUUGGUGGAGAAGACUUCCAAGCUGCAAGUAGGCGAUCCUAGAGACUUAUUUGAUAGCAAUUUGGAGGCACUUGUUGACUUGGAAAUGUUGGGAUUUGAUGUAACAGCAGUACGGCAUCGUCUGAAGGAGUUGGUUGAAAUGAAAGUUAAGUUGGGGCAGCUUCAUAACCAAUUAAAAGAAGUUGACAUUCAGAUCACUGAGUGUACUCUGGACAGAACCAGAAACAAUGAAACCAUCAGUCGGAUUGAUAAGAAGAUUAAGGACUUGAAGGAAAAAGGGGCAAUGCUGAUGUCAAUCAAUGUGGCCAAAGGUUCUGAAAUUAGCAAGCUGCAAUCAGAAGCAAAUGCUAUCACUGAAGGCAUUCAGAGCAUCCAUUGUGAUUUUGAGAAAUUAGCUGCUGCAGCAUGGUGA